UGCUGCCUAAUUGCCCCACUGUUUCAUGACUCACUUCUCACAUCAUCGCUCUUCAUGUCUCAAACAUUGACCGCUUCAUCGAACUCGAACAUCACAACUCACUCAGCGUCAAAUUUACCUUCCUCACCUCAUCACCUUUUCACCACCUCGCAUCAAAAAAAUCAGAACCGCCAAAAUGGAAGCCCUCCUCACCGACCCCCUCAUCAUCUCCGUAACCUCCUACGUAAAAGACUACAUGAGAAACUACGACGCCUCCCACGACUUUGACCACAUCCAACGCGUCCUCUCCCUCUCCCACCACAUCUACGCCCACACCCCCCCUCAACAACAACCCCUAGACCUAAAAGCAAUCCACCUCUCCGCCCUCCUCCACGACGUCGGCGACCGCAAAUACCUCCUCCCAAACCAAGACCCAGCAACCCUCAUAUCAACAACCCUCCUCUCCAUCUCCUGCCCCUCCUCCCUCGCCCAAAAAGUCCAAGAAAUCUGCCUCGCAGUCUCCUACUCCACCGAAGUCAAAAAUCCCUCCCAUGUGCAGUCCAUCCUCGCCAAACACCCCGAGUUGGGGGUCGUGCAAGACGCCGACCGGCUCGACGCCAUCGGAGCGGUGGGGAUAGCACGGAUGUUCACCUUUGGCGGGGCCAAAGGCUCCCGCUCGCUGCAGGCGAGCGUGGAUCAUAUUGAUGAGAAGUUGGUCAAGUUGGAGGGGAUGAUGAAGACUGCUGAGGGGAGGAGGCUGGCGGGGGAGAGGACGGAGAGGUUGAGACGGUUUCGGAGGGAGUGGGAGGAGGAGGUGGGGUUUGUGGAAAAGUUGGGGUUGAGUAAGGGGGAGGAGGAGUAGGUAAAUACCUAGGUAAGGUAUGUGUUCUGGAACGUAGGGGUUCAAAGGUUGGAUGGGAGUAUUCAAGUUGGUAGAAAGGCCGGAACCACACACACACACCAAAAUCUGAGUGUUUCCAAUGUGCGCAGGUCAUGGCUGUUUACGUUCGAGAUUUUAAAGUCCCCUAUCACAAGUCUUUCUUUUUUUUAGAUUUUUGUUUAUGAUGUACGAGAAAUAAAAAUGGAUUAUAU